AUGAGUCAAUCAUCCAUGAGUGGGAGUUGCAAGGACGAUACUUUCAAUUCGAAGAGUUCUACAUCUGAUGACACGAUGCCAGAACUUACCCAAAGACAACAAAAUCACAUGAAAAAUAGUGCCGAUGCUGAAGAGUACGCUUCAUCUUCUGGUGAGGAAGGGACGAUGCAACACACUGAUUCAAUGGGAUCUGGCAAUGGACGUACUGGCAGAAGAUUGUCAUCCCUGGACGUUUAUCUUUCGCAACAGAAAGAUGAGUCUAUUAGUUAUGUGCUGAAUCGAAGGGAGACACUAAAGGACGUCAUUGAAGAGGAGGAGAAACGGAGACAACUUGCAACUGACCAAAAACGUGCUGAGGUAAUGAUGGCUCGGAUGCAAAAAAACGACGAUAAGAGAAGGGAAUCCGUACUUCGAGAUUUGAGCCAGGCGCAAAUGGAGAAGACAAGAAGCCAUUCAUUGGUUAGGAAAUUUGGAGGUCUUACUCCUGAAAAGCGCAAACGAUUGAAAGAGCUCCUAAUGCAAAAGGCGGAAGAAGAAUUUCGUAAUGAGCAGAAAGAGCUAAUGCAAGCAAAACAAAAUUACCUUCAAAAAGUCUGCCCACCAAUAAACAUCGACAAUAUGGAUGACGCUCAGUUGGUGGAACUUAUUAAAGAUCUCUACGCAAGAGUACAGAGCUGUCAAAAGGAAAAAUGGGAAUGGCAGGAGCGACUGCAUAUGCAAACCGAGGAAGUAAGAUCUCUUGUUUUCUAA